AUGUCAUGGUGGUCUGACACAGCGUUCUUAAGUAGGAAGAAGCUUCCCCAGAACCCCAAAGGGCUGGAGUUUUGUGAUGGAGAGCCCAUCUUGUUUCAAGGUUGGUUCUUUAAGAGACACAAGAGUAAGAGUCUUGGGACAGAGCGUUAUGUCAUCAUUACAGAAACACUUUUUGCAUACUAUGAUGACGUCACGAAUCAACAGCUCUCUUCUGGGAAGAAGAGCUACAGAAAGUCCGCGAUUUGUGAUUUAGCGUUCGCCUGUGGCCCAAAGUUUCUCCCUGGUCUUGGAGUAAUUACUAGUUCUGGGAUAGACAUAUUUUUGCACGACGACCCCAGGGAAAUAGAUCGCUUUUAUAACUUUCUUGUUAUCUGGACGAAGAACAAAAACAUAGCCAAUGACCCACAGGAGGAGAGCUUUUCUCAAAGACGGCAACGUAUACAGCGAGAGAUAACUGCGCUCAAACCAGCAGCGCCGCCCGGUUGGCCGAAUCCGCAAACGUACACCGGCCAGCUUCCAAUAGUUGCCGUUGGAUACUGCGCUCCAGGAGGCAUACCUCCUUACCUAUAUCCCGCGUUCAAGAGCGAUCCUUUGCUGACUCCGUCUCAAAUAGCGUGCUUGGAAUCAAGUAGGCUUCUUAUCCAAGCAGUUGUUGAGAUGCCGGGGGUACUUUCCAGGAAAGAAUACAGACUAGUGAUCACCAAUGAGCUUCUUCUGAUACUCAACGAAGAUGGUGAGGAAAUACUUCGAUGUACUCCGGGAGAAAUCGAAGAGAUAUCGACCCUCGAAGGGGAUGAUGUUCAUAACGUCGUCAAUCCCAUAAGCAUCGGCGUGGCUACAGGGCCCUUGGUACUGACGCUCCGAGAUGGAGACACAAAGCGUCUGUAUCCCUCAGCAAUCGGGUCAAAGUAUUGGGGGAGUGCCCUGGCCUCGUUUAUGGGGGUCAUUCCGCCGAAAGAUUGUUUAUACAGUAUUAGUCAGUUCACGGAAACUGAUAUAGUUUUCUAUGCCAUAGAUAAGAAUAUCGAGAGAAGCACAACAAAAAAUAAAAAGCCCCGAUACAGCCGAUCGAUUAUCAGUCGUGCCGACUACUCAGAAGAGUCUUUACGCAGUUCUGCACAUAAGUAUCUAAGCACUACUAGCACAGGACACUAUGAUGAGCAUCACGAAGGAACUGAAAAUGACAGACUGUACUUUAAAGACGAUUAUUACUAUGAAGAUGGAGAGUUUCUUACUAAAGAUAUCCACACGUCUGGUGACAACGACCACGCUACUCACAGUCUAACUCCAAGCUCUGGGGCUGUUCCGGCUAAUACAGACAAAACUGCAGAUGAGGAUACUGAUUCUGAAGAGUACCUAGAUCUCUUUGGAAACUAUGAUCUUUUGGUGCCUUAUGAUCUGCAGGAGAGCGACUCAGAGACAAGCAAAGACGAAGGCGUAGAGGCAUCUGAUAAAUAUCAGGAGAAGCACGUCGUUUCCUCUGGCCGAGCAGCUGCAAUUGCAACUGCGUCCAUGCCAGAUGAUCAGGCCACUCCCAUCCAUGAAGCACCGUCUGCGAUGAACGAUCGGCUAAGUGCCAAAAACUAUGCCGAUAAACUUCUGAGCUUUUCAUCAAAUAACCCCACAGAAUCCUCCACUACCACGGGGCUUAAGUAUACAGAGAGUCGCGAAAACCUGGCAGAUGUCCUCCAAACGACAGCGGGAAACAUCAAGACCUUGGCGAUAAGCCGCCUUGAGCAAAUACCCAGCAUUUCCGGUUCACAAUGUAUCUCCUCGAUUCCCAGUGUGGCAAACGUUGGUUCAGGCCCGAAUGCGGUUAAGCAAAAGCGACAAAAGCGUUUCCAGUUCACAAGUAAGUUGGAGAGGCGGAGAAUACAGGUAGCAAAACAAAAUGAUAAGAUUCUCUGUGAUAUUGAGACGCGCUAUCACGAUAGUAGUGAGUCUGAAAGUUCUACAGAAUAUUACUCGGGUUCAGAGACCGAAUCUGACGUGGACUUGCCAACAGACUUGGCCCGCAUUCAAGAAGCAAGCGUGCUGUAUGCUAUCAGCUCCUUACGCUAUUGCUUUGUUGACCCAGAUAGGUACCAAACCCCUGAAUUGAACACAUGGGAGCUUCUCUGCCCUGCAUAUGCUCCAGAGGACGCGCUUAUUAGAGCAGGUGAUUCAAAGUUUGCAGUGAGAUUCAACCUUCCCGACAAGCUAAAGCGGACCGACGAAGCAGCACAGGUGCGUCGAAAAAUCUUACGAGGCUACACGAUACCCCUCCAUGAGCACCACAACCAAACCAUAACAGUUAAGGAGAUUGACGAGGCCUUUGGGCGAACGGAUGAAUUUCUUGAAAAAUUAGAGGUUAUACUCCCUCCGGAUCUUGAUCCUGCGUUGAUGGGCGUUCCCUAUCCUCCGCACAACAUAAUAGAUAAGUACUCUCUGCAAGCGCGUAAUGAGCUUACGGAAGAAUAUAAUAAAUCCCUCCAGUGUUAUAAGGAAAUGCUCUGGCUUAGUAGCUUUAUAAUAACCACGGAACAGGAGCUUCUGGAGUCAGAUGAUGAGGAUAGUGGCGACUCUGAAAUCAGUGGCAAUAGUAGCUCAAGCGCCAAGGAUCAAAGGCAACGUUCCACUCACAAGCGUGUUUUGCAUAAUAUGGACAGCAUUCCACAGUUUGAUUACGGAAAGAAGAUUUCCACUGCAGAGGAGUAUCCCAACAGCUACCUUUUGAAGCCUGACCAUAGGGUAACACUAAAAACAGUAAUGGAGAACUGUCCUACGUACUUCGAGUAUCAGCUAUGCUUGACAAAGCACUACACGAUAAUUGACCUUUAUAAGAUGCUAUUGUGGUAUGCAACCAACGUUGGCGUUUAUCUUUCACGGAAACUCCGCAUAUACACAGCGUCUCAAGCCAUUUCUGCAGCCUGUAUUGCCGAUACAGUUAAGGAGUUGGAAUUUGAUACAGUUACCGCGGCAGCAGCAGAUAUGAUGAUUCUAGACUCGCUUAUCCUGGCGAAUGACGCAGAUGUUCUGAUAGACACUAUGGUUAGCACUGCAGAGAGAAUGACAGAGUCAGGCCGGGAACGGAACGCAACAGAAAUAGCCAUGUCUGGCAUGGGAGGCCUGGAGAAUCUUUCCGUGCAAAGAGAUCAUGAGAUAUUUGCAUACUUUGGCCAUAAUUUACAUAUCUUUGGUGCAAAUGAACAAAUUAGGCGUGCAAGCCGCUUAAUUCUUGCUGUGUUCAUAUCUCGAUUAGAAACGCGCUUGAUUCAACAAUGGAAUGAGUACUUCCUCGACAUAGUAUCUAUUGAUGAGUUCUGCUUAGCUUAUGAGAAGGCGUCAAACUACAUUAAAAGCACUGGAACUGAAUACAUGGAAAUUCUGGCCCCACAGCACGCAUGGCACUUGCUUGGUCUAUGCUUUGAGAUUAUCGAUCAAUACGCUCUGUUGCACAUUAAGCGUGGUGCUCGUUUGGUACGUCAUCAUGAAUCUCUUAUUAACAAGGAAGUAUGUAAAAUCGUUAUUGAUUACUCUUCCGUAGAAAAGUAUUUUAACUUUCUUACUCUUCUUACGAAUACAUGCGGAAAGGAAGCUGUUGAGAGUUUGCUGGGUAAUUCACAACACUUGUGCGCUGCUCAGACUUCUUUGCAUGACUCUGGAGUAGAUUACGUCGCCCUAAAGCCGAUGCACGAGUUAACUAGUUGUUCCUGGGAGUACAGCUGUGAAACCGGAAUAUUCCGAUUCUGUGACCGGUCGUCAGACUCACAGACUGUGACUAAUCUUGGGCUAGAUAACGGCAUGUUUCGCUGGAGGGGCUACGUUCUUGAAAGGAUAAGGGGAGCCCGCCCAGAUUUCCACACAGCGAUCUCGUGCUUUGCAAUCUGGCUGAACGCCAUGAUAUUAUUUUGCUCGUUGAAGCACGGUUCAGCCCUCAAUCUAAUGAGAGCUUUUAUGUUGGAGACCACCGGAGCAUAUGAUAAAUACACAGACGUUACUUCAAAGCUAUUGACAAACAGACAAAUCGUUGACAAACUCCCAGUGAUAAUAGUGGAAUACUUGUGGGGGGAUUCCAAGCCUACCGUCUCCGUCUCAGUCAACAACGCGGUUGUUUAUUCUGCCAGUUAUGAUACCCGCGUUCCUACAAUAGUUCAUUUCUACAUGAUGCUCUACCCCUUUGUGGACUCUAGACAUGUGCUGUCGCACAUUCCUGUGACAGCCGAGCAAUAUCGGCUACUAACGUACAACGCUCCCCUGGACGCAGAAUUCAUCGCGGAAAGAAAGAAGGAGGAUGCAGAAGACGAAGAGGGUCUGCUUAAGUGCGGUCCUCCGUCUAAUCGCCCUCUGAUAAACAAAGAGAUUGAGUUGUCAUUUGCUUCUAAAGUCUUUAACGUUACCUUCAAUGAAUUAGACACCGCUGAACUGACCGAAUCUACCCUCAGAUCCCGUAAUAACGAUCUCAGCUCCUCACGUAUACAGAGAGAAUCAAGAGCUUCUUUGGCCAUAUCUCCUUGA